AUGAUGAAGACGAAGAAAGAGGGGGCUUCUGCGAUGAUGCUAGUGCUUUUUGUGUCUUCGAUUUUAACAGGUGCAGUUUAUCGUUUUGCAAAUAGGCAUGAAGAGAAGCUCACCAAUUUAGAGUCAGAGAACAAAGUUCUACGUCAGCAGGCUUUAUCAAUGGCUCAAAGUAAUAAGUUACAAUCAGGACGCUCAAAGUCAAUUAUUCAGAGGGCUGAAAGCACAAAAAAUGCUGUAGAUCUGCAUAGUGCUUCAAUGAGCUCAAGGGAUCACUUGGAGGUAGAAGAGAGACCACAAAAAUCUCUUAAUGAGAAACAGCAGGAGUAUCAGGAUUUGCUCAUCCGAUGCAUUGCACAGCACCUAGGCUUCUCUAGGGGCAGACCGGUUGCUGUCUGCAUCAUAUACAAAUGCCUUAGGCAGUGGAGAUCAUUUGAAGUCGAGAGAACCAGCAUUUUUGAUCGCAUAAUACAAACUAUAGGCCAUGCUAUUGAGAUCCAGGACAACAAUGAAAACUUGGCCUAUUGGCUGUCUAAUGCAUCAACUCUGCUGCUACUGCUGCAACGUACAUUGAAAGCUGGUGGUGCUGCUGGAAUGACUCCCCAACAUCGACGUUCAACAUCAGCUACUCUAUUUGGCAGGAUGACACAGAGUUUUCGUGGUACCCCACAAGGUGCCGAUCUUUCUUUUGUCAAUGGUGAGUCUGCUGGUGGAGUAGAUACCUUACGCCAAGUUGAAGCCAAAUACCCCGCUUUGCUGUUCAAACAACAACUGACAGCAUAUGUGGAGAAAAUAUAUGGGAUGCUCCGUGACAAUCUGAAAAAAGAGAUAUCUCCGCUUCUUGGGUUGUGCAUUCAGGUUCCUCUUGCAUUAGAUUUGGGCUCCAUUGGUGUUACUCCAUUGAUUUUGCAAUGGAUGUGGGCACCAAGAAUUUCAAGAGCUAGCUUAGCUAAGGGGAUAGCACGUACAUUGGCAAAUGCUGCUGCUCAGGAGAUUCUCAUUGCUCAUUGGCAAGGUAUCGUGAAGAGUCUUGGAAAUUUCCUGAGCACGCUGAAAACAAAUCAUGUUCCCCCAUUUUUGAUUCGCAAAGAAUUCACACAAAUAUUUUCUUUCAUCAAUGUGCAAUUAUUCAACAGCCUUCUACUAAGACGAGAAUGCUGCUCAUUUAGUAACGGCGAAUAUGUCAAAGCAGGAUUAGCUGAAUUGGAACAUUGGUGCUACAAGGCAACUGAUGAGUUCAUGACUAAAGAAAGAAAACAAAUUCAGUAUGCAGGUUCAGCUUGGGAUGAGCUCAAGCAUAUAAGACAGGCUAUUGGGUUUCUGUUUUCUUCUUUAAUGGAGGCAUAUUUCUGUGGAAAGAAGUUGAACCAUAAAGCAAUCGAGCCUUCCACCGUUAUAAGGCUUUCCAUCAAACACAAAUGGAACCACAUAUCUGACGGCAAAAUUUCAUGGGCAUGGAACUGUAAUGGUAAUCAAAGCCUUCAGCGAAACCCCCACUUGUUUGCCAGUGAGAUGGCAAAUUCUUUUAUUGUGUUUGAUGACUCCGUCAUACAUCAAAAGCCGAAGAAGACACUGGAUGAAAUAAGUCAUGACCUGUGCCCAGUGUUAAGCAUUCAACAGCUCUACAGAAUCAGCACAAUGUACUGGGAUGACAAGUAUGGCACACAUAGCCUUUCCCCUGAUGUUAUAUCCAACAUGAGAGUGUUAAUGGCUGAAGAUUCAAAUAAUGCUGUCAGCAGUUCAUUCCUUCUGGAUGAUGAUUCGAGCAUCCCAUUCUCAGUUGAUGACCUAUCCAAAUCAAUGGAUCACAUCGAUAUUUCAGACAUUGAGCCGCCACCUCUUAUUCGGGAAAAUUCUGGCUUUAGUUUCUUACUGCCGCGUGCUGAAUAGUACUUGCUUGUCAUGGAUUUGUCUAAUUACUUGCAAAAACAUUCUCCUCAAUUUGAAGAUGACCCAUAAGCAUCAGUUUACACCGAUCAACAGCUGUUUCUAGCGUUUUUGAACUUGCAGUUGCUGUGUGCGCUGCAAUCUUCGAAAGAAACUGCCUUUUCCCUACAGCAGAAACAUCAGAACUUUCCAAUUUGCUAUACAAUCCCUUACUUUUUAAUUGGUGAAAGACAUCCUAGGAAAAUUGUUGUUUUAAUUUUAUUGGGUAUCUGGUAAUCAUGUAUGUAGGGGUAAUUAAAUAUAAAAUAUAUUAUUUUCAAGGCUGCAGAAGCUUUAAACUAAUCUUAAGGAAAUGUUCACCAUGUACUUGUUAAUCAGAUACAUGGUGGUGAACAAUAUGGCAUGCUGGUAGGGUUUAAACGUACAUCUACAACUUUGUUGUUUCAAUGAACAAU